CCAGCCUCAUGAAACACAAUUUUCUGGGGUGUGAAAUUCUCCUUCUGCGGAUGUACAGGCAGAUAACAUUCUGCAAAGUGUUUUCAGUCCUAGUCUUUAACCAGGAUAUUAAUCCAUCCAUUUCAGAAUGCAAAAAUUCCACGUUCAUAUCCAAAAGUGAAAUAUUUUUAUUUUCACAUUAACGAAACGCAAACGCUGGUCGUUUGCGAGGGUUGUCUGUGACGUUGCAGACGUCACGUCCUGUCGCGCCAGACAAGCAGCCGGUUCAGGCCAGUUCACGACGCGGAAAAGUGUGGAGUGUCUCGCGGAGCCGACCGAUCCGAGCUGUCAACACAGCUCCGCCUCAGCACUGGCACUGUGUACACACAUUAUUUUGGUGUGUUACAGUCGCAUCCUUACUCUUACGACGUUCCUGCCCAGAUAACAUCUGCUCUUAUCUCAUCAUGACUCGAAGGUGAUCUUCAGCGUGCGCAGGUGGUUCUGGGGUUCCAGGUUGGUGUGUCAAGAGCAAGCUAACAGCAGGAGACCACCUCGGGCGGUCUGUCCUGGGCUCUCAAGUGACAAAGGAGGGUGUUUUGCAAUCAGCUUUGCAUCAUGAAGGAAGAGCUAAAGAUUCUCAACAAGGGAGAAGAAGAAGAGAUGGAGUUGCAAGGCUACUGUUUGUGCCGCUGGCGAUUGACACUAGUGGGUCUUGGGGUGCUGUGUACAGGAGGCUUCCUCCUCCUGCUGCUCUACUGGAAACCAGAGUGGUGCGUCAAGGCCACCUGUGUCCCGACCAUGGCCUGUGAUGCUGAAGUGGUGUUGCUGCAAUCAACGGAUGAGUUCCGGCGCUGGUUCCUGGCUAAGGUUCGAGUGAUUCUAGCCCCAGGAAGCAACCCCUUCCACAAUCUGGAGCCCCAGACCACCUCCCCUUCUUCCCCUUCCUUCCCUUCUUUUGUGGCCAAUGGAGACACACGCCCUUCUCCCGAUGGCAUAACAGCUCGGGAGCUCUUCAGAAGAUAUGUGGACUACCAGCCUACAAAGAUUCGUUUUUUUACCCUUCACAGCACAAAAUAUUAUUGGAAUGACAGAGUGCAGAACUUUGAAGUUUUAACUGGCCUGGAUGAUCUCCAUUUUACCGCUUCUGGUCUCCACUCAGAGCACAGCAAAGGCCUAACCAGGAACCAGCAAGGAUACAGGAGACUAUUUUUUGGAUUCAAUAGAAUUGAUGUGAAAGUGCCUUCUGUUUUCAAGCUGCUUAUCAAAGAGGUCCUAAAUCCUUUCUAUAUCUUCCAGCUCUUCAGUGUAAUAUUAUGGAGUGCCGAUGAAUAUUACUAUUAUGCUGUUGCCAUUCUUAUCAUGUCAUUUAUAUCCAUAGCUACCUCUCUAUAUACCAUCAAAAAGCAAUAUGUCAUGCUACACGAUAUGGUGGCAGCUCACAGUAUUGUCCGUGUAUCUGUAUGCAGAGCCAACAAUGAUAUUGAAGAGAUUAUGUCUACUGAUUUAGUGCCUGGUGAUAUGAUAGUCAUCCCCAGCAAUGGGACCAUUAUGCCAUGUGAUGCCGUGCUGCUCAGUGGCACCUGCAUUGUCAAUGAAAGUAUGCUAACAGGUGAAAGUGUUCCAGUCACAAAGACCAACCUUCCAAACACAUUGCCAGGGGAGAGUGGCGAUGAGGUUAUGAGUCCCUAUAGCAUAGAGGAGCAUAAAAGACACACACUCUUCUGUGGCACUAAUAUCAUUCAGACCCGUUUUUACACUGGUGAACUUGUUAAAGCUGUAGUAGUCCGCACAGGCUUCAGCACAGCCAAAGGCCAGUUGGUACGCUCCAUCCUUUAUCCCAAGCCCACAGACUUCAAGCUGUAUCGUGAUGCCUACCUUUUUCUGUUGUGUCUGGUGGGUGUGGCUGGGAUUGGCUUUGUCUACUCCAUUGCUCUUAGCAUCAUUAACAAGGUGCCAGCCAAGACCAUCAUCAUCGAAUCUCUGGACAUCAUUACCAUUACGGUUCCUCCAGCACUGCCUGCAGCCAUGACGGCUGGUAUUGUGUAUGCCCAGCGACGUCUUAAAAAUAUUGGAAUAUUUUGCAUCAGCCCACAGAGAAUUAAUAUUUGUGGACAAAUUAAUCUAGUCUGCUUUGACAAGACAGGAACUCUUACCGAAGAUGGUUUAGACCUAUGGGGAGUUCAAAGAACAGAGAAUGGCAGUUUCCAGCAAUCAGAUGAAAAAGUUUCCACGGAAAAUCUAGUAAAGUCACAGUUUGUUGCUUGCAUGGCCACCUGCCAUUCUCUUACCAAAAUAGAGGGCCAAUUGUCUGGAGACCCACUUGACCUCAAAAUGUUUGAAGCUACUGGCUGGAUUCUGGAGGAGCCCACUGAGGAAGAAACGGCUCUCCACAACCGUAUCAUGCCAACUGUGGUUAGACCCUCAAAGCAGCUGUUGCCCCCACAGCCCAUGUCACCAGAGCAGGACAUGGAACUUUAUGACCUGCCUGCACAAUAUGAAAUAGGUAUCGUGCGGCAGUUUCCAUUUUCCUCUGCACUCCAGAGGAUGACUGUGGUGGCUCGUCUGUUAGGGGAGAAACGUAUGGAUGCCUACAUGAAAGGAGCACCAGAAGUUGUGGCUCGCAAAUGCAAGAUGGAGACAGUGCCAGAUAAUUUUGCAGAGGUCUUGGAGUGCUACACCAAGCAAGGUUUCCGAGUAAUAGCUAUGGCUCACCGUCGUCUUGAAUCCAAACUCACGUGGCACAAGGUCCAGAAUGUAAGCAGAGAUCACAUCGAGGCAAACAUGGAGUUCCUGGGUUUGAUAAUCAUGCAGAAUAAGUUGAAAACUGAAACACCGACUGUGCUGCAGGAUCUCCACAGAGCCAACAUCCGUACUGUUAUGGUUACGGGUGAUAACAUGCUGACAGCUAUUUCUGUAGCUCGGGACUGUGGAAUGAUUCUGCCACAGGACACAGUCAUAAUUGCAGAUGCAAUUUCCCCACACGAUGGACAGGCUGCUCGCAUCACCUGGAGAUGUGCUGAUAACUCAAGUAUGGCAGCACAUCUGAAGGAAGUGACCAUCAGCCUGGAGGAUGUUUGUCAGAUAGAUGAGCACAAAGAGCAACAGCGGUACCAUUUUGCCAUGAAUGGAAAGUCAUUUGCAGUCAUCUCGAUGCAUUUUCCAGAUCUGCUUCCAAAGUUGGUGCUACAUGGGACAGUGUUUGCCAGAAUGGCCCCAGAUCAGAAAACCCAACUCAUUGAGGCACUACAGGAUGUUGACUACUUUGUGGGGAUGUGUGGAGAUGGAGCAAAUGACUGCGGGGCUUUAAAGAGGGCUCAUAGUGGCAUCUCUCUAUCAGAGCUUGAAGCUUCUGUAGCUUCUCCAUUCACUUCCAGAACACCUAAUAUCUCUUGCGUCCCAAGCCUCAUUAGGGAGGGCCGUGCUGCUCUCAUCACUUCCUUCUGUGUAUUCAAGUUCAUGGCCCUUUACAGCAUCAUCCAAUACAUUAGUGUCACUCUCCUCUACUCCAUUCUCAGUAAUCUAGGAGAUUUCCAGUUCCUCUUCAUUGAUAUAGCCAUCAUACUUGUCAUUGUUUUCACAAUGAGUCUGAAUCCAGCUUGGAAAGAACUUGUUGCACAUCCUCCUCCAUCAGGCCUCAUCUCAGUGCCUCUGCUCCUCUCUGUGCUGAGCCAGAUCCUCAUCUGCUUUGGCUUCCAGAUUCUUGCAUUUAUUUGGGUCCAACACCAGCCUUGGUACACUAUCUGGACACCGCUUUCAGAUGCCUGCAAUGUGUCGUCACACACCAAUAUAUCCAACCACAAUGGCAGUGAAGUGGAUGACCACAACAUCCAAAACUAUGAGAACACCAGCCUUUUCUAUGUGUCUUGCUUCCAGUACCUUAUUGUUGCAAUUGUCUUCUCAAAGGGCAAACCCUUUAGGCAACCAAGCUAUAAGAAUUGGCUUUUUGUUAUGACUUCUUCGAUUUUGUACAUUUUCCUUUUUGUCAUCAUGUUCUACCCUGCUGAACCCAUAGAUGAAUUUCUAGAGAUUGUUUGUGUUCCACUUGAUUGGAGACUAAAACUCCUGCUCAUUAUCGUGCUCAAUGCUGUUGUAUCUGUUAUGGUAGAGACCUUCUUCAUUGACAUCAUCUUAUGGAAAGUUGUGUUCAGCAGAGACAAGCAGGGCGUCGCUACUGCCGCCCCACCACCACAGAAAGGCACUGACCUGUUGGCAGACAAGUGUAUGUGCUGCCCAAACAAGGUGACUCCCAAGGCUCGCUACAUGCAUCUUGCGCAGGAGCUCAGCAUCGACCCAGACUGGCCCCCAAAACCAACCACUACAACUGAAGCCAAGGCCUGCCCGGAAAAUGGAUCUUCAUUAUCAAAUCAGGACCAUUUCCUAGCAUCCCAAAGCCUCUGCCUAUAACAAACACUUCAGAUAGGGACUAUCAAGGUGAUGAUUAUGUUUGCACAUUUAACUUAUUAAAAUACUCGGUCUCCGCUGCUCGUGAUGGUUGUAUAAUUAUGUACUGUUGUUCCAAAAAUUCCAUAAUUCACAUUUCAAUGAAAAGUGUCUGGUCUAGCCGUUUUGGGGUUUGGAUCUUCAGUCUAAUGAAAUGAAAAUAUUUCCCUGAUACUGUAAGUGGUGGUUUGUGGAGAAAUCACAAGCAAUGUCCAAUUAGUAUGUUGACAUUAAUAUACAGUCACGGUAAAUUUUUUUCAAACAUUGUGUUUUCAAUUUCUGGUUAAUUUUAAUGCUUGGUACCAGUGAAGAUAUACAGUGCUGUGAAAAUGUAUUGGCGCCCUGCUCAAAUUCUUAGAUUUUUGCAUAGUUUCCCCCAUUUGUUUAAGAUGUAAAUAUCAAUCAUAUGCAACCCAAGUGAAUUUAAAAUGCUGUUUUUAUUGAUUUCAUCUAUUGUGGGAAAAAUACAUAUUGAAACUUAACUGGCCUCCUGUGCAAAAGUUAUUCUUUCCCCCUUAUUAAAUCAUGAAUCAGUUGUGCCUAAUCACAUUUUUUUAAGUUUCAUUGAUCACACUCAAGCUUGAUUACUUCCAGACCUAUUGAGUAAAAAAAUCACUAACAUAAUCUGUCUCGACAAAAUCAAGUCGGACAAAAGAUUUAAAAAGCUGCAACAAAAUAAGACAUUGUAAAGGAAUUUCAGAACAUUUGAGAAAUAUACUUAAUGACAUCAGUCUGGAAAGAGUUACCAGUCAUUUUUAAAACUUCAGGAUUGUAGUGAACCAUAGGGAGAACAAUUAUCCUCAUAUGGAGAAAACAUGGAACAGUGGUGAACCUUCCCAGGAGAGGCCGGCAUAUAAAGAUUACCUGAAAAUAAACAGAAAAACCUCAUUUGAAUGCCACAAAGGAAUUCAGAAGAACUUGUAAAGACUUGUAGGCCUCUCUUGCCUUAGUUAAGGUCCAUUGUUCAUGAUACUAGAAUAAAACUGAGCGAAAAUUGCAUCCAUGGCAGAGUUUCAAGGUUAAAAGCAGUGUUGACCAAAAAGAACAUAAAAGCUUCAUCUUACUUUUGGCAAAAAGAAUAAACAUCUGAAUGAUUCCCAAGACUUGUGGUACAAUACCAUAUUCACUCACAAGAUGCAACUUGAUGUUUUUGGAAGGUGUCUGUUUUGUUACAUGCGCCGUAAAUAAAGCACAGCAUUUAGGAUAAAACAUAGAAGCAGUCAUACGUGCUGGUAGUGGUAGUGUGAUGGUCUGGGAUUGAUUUCCUCUGGAGACAAAUUGCUCGUGUUGUUACAUACUUGGCCAAUGAAAGUUUUGAAGUGGACUAGUGAAAGUCCAGACUUCAAUCUCAUUGCAAUAAGUGGCAUGACCUUAACAAGGCUGUUCAAGCUUGAAAGCCCUUCAUUUUUGCUGAACUCAUACAAUUCUGCAAGGAAGGGUGGGCCAAAAUAUCUCCAGAGAUGUGAUAGAUAUGCUACCAGUUAUAGAAACGGCUUCAUUUCAGUUGCUGCUGCUGAGGGUGGUCUUAGGUUUAGGGGUGCCAUUAUUUUUUUCACACAGUGCCAGGUAACUUCAAAGUUUUUUUUAAAAAAACAUUAUUUCAAGUUCACUUGGGUUAUGUUUGUCCUAUUUAUUUGAUCUUAAAUAUUAAAUUGGGGUAAAUGCAAAGUUGUUUUUUUUCCUGAUUUCAUAAUAUUGUACAUGAAAAAAAAUCUCAUUCUGGCAUUUAGCAAAUACAAAUAAUCUUGGUAAUCAUAAUUAGCCUAAAACAAGAAAAGUUUAGUUCGAUAUCAUGCUAAUCAUGAAAAAACAAAUUCUAUAGUCUUGCUCAAAAAUAUUGGCACUGAUAGGUUCUGACUCUACCUUGAGUUCUACCAGGCAUUAAAAUUGAAAAGGAAACUGAACAAAGUUGGUCUCCUGGUAAUAUUUCCCUGAAUUUACUUUUACACUAUUGGAAACCUUAUAGACACGAGUCAAAACAAUAUACAUUGGGUAUACAAAGUAUUCCGGCCCCCUUAAUUAUUUCACUUUGUUACAGCCUUUGCUAAAAUGCAGCCGUAAGUAUUCGGACCUUUCGCUCAAAAUAAACUUAAACAUUUCAGGAAAUGGCUACAAUAUAAGAUUGAAAAAUUCAAGGAGGUCUGAAUAUUUCCCGUACCCACUGUAUUUGUGUUUUUCAUAAUUACUGCCAUUGUGUUACGAGUCAGACUGAAAGAACUUGGGUAGAUUUCUCAUGACAAAAAGCAACUAGUAGUAGCCUACGGGAUUGCAAUUUUGACCUUCUAAACCACUACCAACUCCAUCUGAAACUGAAACUACAAACAAAUCUAUUAAAUUUUUACUUUAAUGUUUUGGGGGCAUUUUUCUUAUCAAGUGGGUCGGAUGACUGGUUGAACAUAUCCCGCUGCUGUAGUGGUCAUUCACAAUCGUGUAGUUGAUGCCAAAUUUAAAAAGCUCAACGAUUAGCCAGGCUUUGUCAAACAGCAGUAGUUGGUGGGGGGGGGGGUGCUUGGUCCUACAGUGGUGACUGAAUUACUUUUAAAGGUGAAUUUUGCAGAUUUAAAAAAAAAAAAAAAAAAGUCCUAACAGUAAAAUAUUGUAAAAUUUAUCUUUAGAAAUAUUGCCAGUCUAUCCUAAUUGUAUUCCUUAAAUUUGUUUAAAUUUUUGAGAUUUCAAGAUUCAAAACGAAUAGCCAAUUAGAGAGAGAGAAAAAGAGACUUGAGUGGUAUCAGUCAUUGCCGUGCAAACGCUAGAGCCUGCCAGGGUUGUUUUGCUGCAUCACGCAGAUUUAAUUUUUAUGCCCGGAUUAAAUUAUUUACUUGUGAUUAUCAACAAAAGUUAUAAAAAGAAUUAACUGGGCACCUCCCGCCGUAGACAAAACAAGGUUAACUGUAAAUAAAGGCUUUGAAUACAUGUCUCUAGAGGUGGAGCUGCCUAUGGCCUCUUUUUAAGGCAGAAGUGUCUUUAACUCACCUCCUGCCUCACAUUUAUUGUGGCCUACAAAACCAAGUCGUACCUCUAAACUUGCCAAAACGCCAUUUAAUAAAUAAUGUAUUGUAAAUAUUUUUAAUCAAACCUCUUUUUGCAGUAAAAAUAACAAUGACAACUUUGGAUUUCUAAAGUGGUUAAUAAAUUCGUCCAUAUGUAAUAUGAUGAGGUUAUUGAACAUUGUUUCAUCAUUACACUGGCUCUCUGAGCAAAGUUAACUACGUGGCCUGCAACGAAAAUGACACUUUUUGUCGUCAGUGUCAUCAGGCAUAUUUUGUCAUACCAGCUUCUUCUCGGAUUUAGGAGGAAAUAUUGUUUCUAUGCUGCUUCAGUAAUAACAAUUAGUUGCCCACAACUAACUUCCUAACGUCCAGCUGGUUUUCUGCCCAGUGGACUGAAAUUACAUCUUUAGAAUUUCUUGACCUAUGUCGCUAGGGAAGAUCUCAGCCUUUCUGUUCCCAAGCCGAUGUGCUCUCACAAGUGGAUAACAGAUGCACUCAAUCAGAAGAAAAUCAGGCAAAUAUUGACAGAUAAAAAACCGAGUCAAACAGAAGUAGCUGUCAGGCACGCCUUUUCUGGAUAUUCGCAUGACAAAGCCACGCUGUUUUUUUUUUUUUUUAAUUAAAUUGACUUGGUAUAUCUGAAUCAGCUUUAAUGGCCAAGUGUGUAACAACACAAGGAAUAUGUCUCCGGUAGGUGAUGGCGCCCUAGUACGACAUACAUGUUCAUCUAAGAAAGUCCCUCGAUGGAGGUCUACAUAGCCACAAUAUGAAACCUUUAAGGCUUCAGGAGAUGUAGAAUCAGGCUCUCGCAUCAUGUUUUAGGAUCAGUGCGGAAUUUUAAUUGAUUCUACAUUUCAAAAAUGGGGGCGGUAAAUUGAGACUAAAUUCAAAUCUUGGCAGCAGUUUGGAAACUGCAUGACUCACCUUUAAAAUAGUUUUUUCAUGUCAGCAACUCAAUCAAAUGCAGUGGGUAGGAAGAGACUGGAACUCCUGAAUUGCUGCUGUCAACUUUGUUGCUCUAAAUACUCAAGCUAUUUGCCAUAUUUUAAUAAUAGAACCCUCUUGAAAAAAAAACAGACCAGAUAUACUUAAAUAUUUUUCAUGUAUGACUUGGGGAGACCUGAGGCUAUCAGCAUUUGACAACGGGUUUCCAAUAUUAGUAAUAAUACUCCUGCAUAUCAUUACUUUGCUCUUGGCCCACCAAUUGACAUUGAAACAACAUCACAACACUGCUGCCUGGCAAGUUCUUCUGACACCAGCUGCAGUACUGUCCAGUUCAAUCCACCGAAUAGACUAUCUCUGACUUUGCGCAAACGCCAUCUUCGAAGUUUGAAGUUUCGUUCAGUCGUGGUAGAAGCAGGGUUAAUUCUGCAUGGUUUGGCAAGAAGAGAUCCUGUUUAGAAAGGGGGGAAAAAACAAAACAAAACCUUUACCAUUGGUACAGUUAAUUGUACUAUUCGUUGGAGCACUGUGAUGACCUUUAAAUUUCUCUCUUGCAGAACUUCAUUCGUUGAGGGGGAAAAACAAAUUUCCAGGUGUUCAUUUUUCAACGCUGUUCAAUAAUAUAUUACAAACAUUGAAAGCCUACUGUAUGCCAAAUGCAAACGGCCUCAUCGAAUUUAAUGAUAUCUGAAAAAGUAGAACAAGUGUACAGUUAAUUUUGGGGAAACCUUUCACUAAUAAGUCAGUGGCAGGGAUUUUAGAGCAAGUGAAUUGAUGAUAAAAUUACAUGAAAAUACCAGCACUCAACUAAAUCUAGCAAACACUUAUUAAAUCUAACUUUCCGAUGAGAGACAGCCUCUAAGAAUAAUGUCUUUUCCCUAAUUUUUCGACAUUGCUUUUGCUUUGUUUCUCACCAGCCACACUUGUUUUCCUACUGACCAUAAGCGUGAUCAUUGUUUUUUUCAUUUCGAGAGCAAUGUUGGUUGUCAUCUCAGUGGAAAAAAAUGUUGGUCAUUUUAAGAAGGGUCAUCCAAAGACAGAGAGUGAAUGUUUGCAAAAUAUUGCAUUGUGAUCAAGCUAUUACCGCAGACAAAGUUAAAAACUGUGUAAAUGUGCUUUGGGAUAUUAAUCAAGUUAAACUUGCGUGAGAGUUCCACUCUGAAGCAUCAAAACUACAAACUCAGAGCCACUGCUACUUUUCUUUUGUUGCGACACAAAAUAAAACUUCUGCUAAUCUUAGCUAUAAAUCGCUUCCCAUGGAAGAAGAAAAAAAUGUGCAAUGGUUAAUGCAUUCACCAUCUCAUCAGCUUGCUGCUUUGCCAUGUUGAAAGCAACCUUAGUAAAACACUGAAACAGUUUAAAUCCACACAGUUGCUUUAAGUAAGUGCUGUCUGUUCAAUUUGUGUGUUUUUUUUUUUAAACAAUGCUCUUCCCAAGACAUCUGCUGUUAUCCAUUAGUAAAUGUACCAUUUCGAGACGGUCUACAUGUUUUAGCCGUUGUUGUCCUGUACUUUUUUUUUUUUUAAGUUGUAGUUGCCAACAGUGUGGUAUGGUUCUGUUUGCAACAUUGUAGGAAGGGAACAGUUUGUGCAGCAUCCAUUUCAAGCCGCUAAAUCUUUGCCUUUUACAAAGAGAGUAUUUACUUUUUGGCUUCAAACGUUCCAUCAGAACAAAAGAUUCAAAGGUGCUGCAAUGUCUGAAAGUUUCAUUCUGACGUUCACAAAAGUCUGUAGUCGGACUCAUUUUGUGACUGCCCCAAUGAAUUUUUAUGGUCUGUCCCAAAAUGUCAAUAUAUAACAUGACAUCUGUUAUUUUUGUUUUACCGUGAAUUGCAUGUCUUUUAUUCACGCAAUAAUUUUGUCCAAAUGAGCAUCAUGAAGCCUUGCGGUGGGUUGCUAUUCCUUGAAGAUAUUUUUAAUGUACCUCUAUGAGAUACCUUUUUGAGAUAACUUUUAUGAAACCCAGGACCUAUUCUGUUUUAAUAUUGUUUAGAUUACUGUGUUGUCGUCACAAUGUUUGGAACUAUUUUGCCUACUUGCAGAAUGAUUUGAAAUAAACAGGCCAUGUUGCUUUGUGGACCUGAUUCCUGAUUUACUCCCAAAAAAUUUAUUUGCUGAAUGGAGAGAACACCUGAGGCACAAAUGUAUUAUGAAGAUAGGACACAUGCUACCGAUUAAACUAUGACCACCCAAAACCCUUUUUUUUUUUUUCAAUGAAAUGGUAUCACUUAUCUAGAUUUACAGUGCAGUAACUCUAUUUGAACUGAACAAAUGUUGAAUAUAAUCCAAAAAUGUAUUCUGAUCUGUGUAUAUAUACAUGUGUAUGGAUACAUGUGUGUAUUUUGUGUGUGUGUGUGUGUGUAUACUUAAUUUUUUUUUUGGGAGGAGAUGUACAUUUUCUAUGUGCUUAAUCUGAAGUUAUUUAAACAUUUUGACUAUUAAGGGCUGGUGUCGUGGUACUUUUUUAUUUUUUUUUACAACAAACUGAUUAAUUUAUAUGUUCUUGUAUUUAUUUGUAUGUUCAUUUUCAUAUCAAGUUGGAUCAUUUGCAUUAUCUUGGGAAUGGAUCAUGGGCAUUUUGUUUGCUGCUGUUGCUUGGAAAGUAGUCAGACCCCCUUAAAUUUAUAUUUUAUGUUGCAUUUUUUUUCUAAAAUUUAUGUUUAUUUUACCCCUUAUUAAUGUACACACAACACCCCAUAUUGAUAUGGGGCACGAAACGUUUUUCCCAGAUUUAUUAAAAAAGAAAAACUAUCACACAGCCAUGUGGCACUCAUA